CGCACAUGGAGGUGUCUCACAUGCCGGCGGCGAUCGGGGAACGCGCAACGAGACUGGUUGGAAUGGGGGACGGGAUUGGAGAGGAGAUCGAGGGGAUGAAGUGACAUGAGGAGGUGAGUUGCCGAGUGGGGGAGGCGCGUCGGUGGCUGCCUGGAAUUCCCGUUCCACACACCGGCCCGCGCCUCCGUCCACCUCUGUUUGCAUAUCUCCAUCUCAACUUCCUAUCCAUAUAUCAUCGCCCUUUUUCUCUGUCCCCCUCGACGCUACUCACCACAUCACUCACCGCCGCUCAUUUCUCCGCCCGCAGUACCUCGUCACCGCCGACGCCGCACCCCGAAACGUCACGUGCGCCGGCACCCCGCUUCUGCGUCAUCGUUCCUGGUCACCUGCCGCUAGCCGCCAGCUACCAGUGACAAACCUGAUCCGCACACACCUAGUGUCGCCGGCCCUCAGAAUCCGCAUCUCUCAUCCGCAAACACCACCAUGUCCCACUACAACGAGUCGGCCGUCGAGUCGCCCAGCUCGACCCCCGCCUCAUCGCGGCGGCCCAGCAUCGCCAUGCCCCGCCCUUCGUACACGUCGGGAGGUAGCGGCGGACUAAGUCGUCGCUCAUCGUACGCGAGUGGCCCUCGGCCCAUUACGCGUAACGAAUACUCUGGCCCGCCGACACCAUCCCUGCUCUCGCGCGCGGGAUCGCCCACGCAACCGCUCGCGAACGAGAAGGUCGCAAGCCGCAAGAGCUCUUUCGCGAGCGAUGCCGGUCUACCUCACCCCGUCCUGGGCAAGCUGGGUGGUCUAGGGGGCUUUAGUACCAUCGACCCCAAUGCAGGCAAGGAGCUGAAGCGUGGCGAGUUUAUCGCCUCGCUCGACUGCGGUACAACCUCGACGCGCUUCAUCGUCUUCGACGAGCAUGCCAAGAUCAUCACCGAGCACCAGACAGAGUUUGACCAGAUCCUGCCGCAUGCAGGCUGGCACGAGCAUGACCCGGAGGCGCUAGUCGAGGCUAUGCGGGAAUGCAUGAACCGCGCAAUGUACAAGCUCGAGUUUCUGGGCUGGCACCGGGACAGCGUGAAGGGAAUUGGAAUCACGAAUCAGCGCGAGACGACGCUGUGCUGGAGCCGCAAGACGGGCGCGCCGCUGUGCAACGCUAUUGUGUGGGACGACACGCGCACGGUCGCUGUCGUCCGCCAGUUCGAGGACAAGCUCGACGCCGAGGGCUUCGAGCUCGACGGCGCGUUUGUCAAGGGCAAGGACGCGUUGGUCAGCCUAACAGGUCUUCCGCUCUCGACCUAUUUCUCGGCCAUCAAGCUCCGCUGGAUGCUCGACCACCACCAGGCGGUGCGCGAUGCCGACGACGCGGGUGAUCUGUGCUUCGGCACUGUCGACUCGUGGCUCGUCUACAACCUCACUGGCGCGGCUGACGGCGGCCUGCACAUCAUAGAUGCAACAAACGCGUCGCGCACUCUCCUUAUCAGCCUCAAGACUCUGAACUGGCACACUGGCCUCCUCGCGUUCUUCGGCAUCAGCGACAAGGUACUCCCGAAGAUCGUGUCCAGUGCAGAGGUGUACGGCAAGGUCGCGGCGAGCAUGGGCGUCGAGGCGCUCACGGGCGUGCCUAUUGCCGGCAUUGUCGGUGACCAGCAGGCCGCGCUCGUGGGCAACAAGUGCCUGCAGCGCGGCGACGCCAAGAACACAUACGGCACGGGCGCGUUUAUGCUCUUCAACACGGGCGACGAGAUCGUCAAGUCCGACAACGGGCUGCUCACAACCGUCGCUUACCAGCCCGGACCGGGCGCCAAACCUGUGUAUGCACUCGAGGGGUCCAUCGCCGUCGCGGGUUCGGCGAUCAAGUGGCUGCGAGACCAGGUUAACCUGAUCGAGGAGUCGAGGGAGAUGGACAUGCUCGCAGGCUCGGUCGAGGACACAGGCGGCGUCUACUUCGUCACGGCCUUUGCAGGCCUCCUCGCGCCCUACUGGGACCGGAGUGCCACGGGCACCAUCAUCGGCCUGACAUCGUACUCGACCUCGGCACACAUUGCGCGCGCGACGCUCGAGGCCGUGUGCUUCCAAUCGCGUGCCGUGCUGGACGUGAUUGAGCGUGAGGUCGGCGUCAAGCUCGACACGCUGAAGGUGGACGGCGGCGUAACGAACUCGGAUCUGGCAAUGCAGCUGCAAGCGGACAUCGGGGGCUUCAAGGUCGUGCGGCCGUCGAUGCGCGAGUCGACGGCGCUCGGCUCGGCGCUGCUGGCGGGCCACGCGCUGGGUCUGUUCGGGUGGGACGUGAACAACCCCGAGACGCUGCGCGCGGUGAACACGGCCGACACGCAGCUGUUCACGCCGGCGAUCAGCGAGCGCAAGCGCGCCAAGAUGCGGCGCGGGUGGGAGCGGGCUGUGAGCCGCGCGCGCGCGUGGCACGAGGGCGACGACGAGCUCGAGCUCGAGGAGCGCGAGCUGCUCAUCGAGCGCAAUGUGGGGUUGGAGGCGCUGUCGCUCGGCGCUGCGGUGGCGGAGAACGUCGAUGAGAGCACGCUGGAUCGCGAGGAGGCCGCCGCGCUCCGCAAGGCCGUCGAGGGCGUCACGGGCGAGCGCGAGUGGGGCCAGGACAAUAGGGUGUAGGGCUAGAUGAUACAUACAGAUGCGGGGUUGGGAGGGGAUGAGGUUAUCAGAAC